GACGUCUGCGCAAGACUAACGGGCGCAUAUUUUCAAAAUGGAGGAAGCGCUGACAAUUUUCCCUGAGAACAAAAAGAUGGAAUACAAACGCUGUUUCAGAAGUUGCGUUUCAGCUGACAGGCUUAACAAAUGAGUAGAUACGCACGUACGCAUAAACGGAUAACUGUGUGGAUUACAAGUUUGACAAGAUGAGUGUUUCAAUCGGCAAUAAAAUCGAGGAUUUCAAAGUACUCACCCUGCUGGGGAAGGGGUCGUUUGCUUGUGUUUACAAAGCCAGAUCUGUAAACACAGGUUUGGAGGUUGCCAUUAAGAUGAUUGACAAGAAGGCGAUGCAGAAGGCGGCCAUGGUGCGGCGUGUCAGCAACGAGGUGGAGAUCCAGUGCCGGCUCAAGCAUCCCUCCAUUCUCGAGCUGUACAAUUACUUUGAAGACAGUAACUACGUUUACCUAGUUCUUGAGAUGUGUCACAAUGGAGAGAUGAGCCGAUAUCUGAAGGACAGGCAGAACCCUUUCACAGAGGAUGAAGCGCGGCACUUCAUGCAGCAGAUCGUGAAGGGCAUGCUGUAUCUGCACACCCACGGCAUCAUGCACAGGGACCUGACCCUCUCCAACCUGCUGCUCACCAGCAGCAUGAACGUCAAGAUCGCCGACUUCGGUCUGGCCACGCAGCUGAAGCUGCCCAACGAGAAGCACUUCACCAUGUGUGGCACGCCCAACUAUAUCUCCCCCGAGGUGGCCACGCGCAGCGCCCACGGCCUGGAGUCCGACGUCUGGGCGCUGGGCUGCAUGUUCUACGCCUUCCUGAUGGGACGGCCGCCUUUCGACACGGAGACGGUGAAGCACACUCUCAACAAGGUGGUCCUGGGCGACUAUGAGAUGCCUGCCCACGUGUCCCGGGAGGCCCAGGACCUGAUCUGCGCCCUUCUGCGCAAGGACCCGGCCGAGCGGCCCAGCCUCUCAGCUGUGCUGGAGCACCCAUUCAUGACGGGCUGCGGUGGGGGGAGAUCCCUAGGGCUGCCUAGCAACUCCAUGGACAGCGGGAUCGCCACCAUCUCCACCCUGUCCGUUGGAGGAAGCACCAGCGGCGCCGGCAGCCGGCUGCACCGCAAAGCCCGGCAGGGAAUGGGGUCGGCCCUACCCAACCGCAUGGUUCUUCCGGCUAAUGUGGCCCCCCAGGGCCGGGGAGGCUGGCCUGGCCCGGAGGCUGCCGCCCUUGCGGGACGCAGAGCCGAGGCGGGUCAGAGGAGCGACGACGAGAGGCCACACUCCCGAUACCUGAGACGGGCCCAUUCAUCUGACCGCUCCGGGUCCUCGCUCCCGGGAAAGGUGGGGGCCAGCCUGGAGAGGUGUCGCUCCGUGGAGGUCCUACCCAGGUCACAUGGGCGAGCCCCCCCGGAGCCCAUGUGUCCCCCCUCCCCUCCGGUGAAGCUGACUUCAGACUCUGGGUGCUUCGUACCCACACAUCCAUCGCUGUCGUUCGGUCAGCAGGAGACAGAGAGCCGUUCGGGGAGGCCGGCUGAUGGUUCCUUCCCCAAGCCCACCGACACGAGCUCCCACAGUAACAGCAGCUACCAUGGAAACGCAGACACUCGGGCUCUCCCUGGGUCCUGGGGCCGGCCUCCCAGUCCUCACGCAAACCCUGGAGCUUUCGGUGACUGCCAGCCGCCAUGCGGAGCAGACCUGCGGGCCCUUCUGCCUAAAGAGCCCCCAGGCGAUGACAAGCAGAAACGCCCCCACAGGACGGCACUCACACCGCUGUCUGCAGCCAGACUGAAGCCCAUUCGACAGAGGACUAAAAAUGCUGUGGUGAGCAUCCUGGAGACAGGCGAGGUUUGCAUGGAGCUGCUGAAGGGCCAGGGCUCCCAGGAGAGAGUGAAGGAGGUGCUCCGGAUCUCCUGCGAUGGCUCUAUGGUGACCAUUUACCAGCCGGUUGAAGGUCGAGGUCCCCCCGUCCUGGACUGUCCCCCUACCCCACCUGAAGAUAUUUUCAUCUGCAGCUAUGAGGACCUGCCAGAGAAAUACUGGAAGAAGUAUCAGUAUGCCAGUAAGUUUGUUCAGCUAGUUAAAUCGAAGACGCCAAAGGUCACCCUUUACACGAAGUAUGCCAAGUGUAUGCUGAUGGAGAACUCGCCCAGCGCCGACCUGGAAGUCUGCUUCUAUGACGGAGCAAAGACACAUAGAUCUGCAGAGCUGGUCCGCGUGGUGGAAAAGACGGGGAAAUGCUUCACGGUGAAGGGGGACGUGGGGCUGUCUGGCCUGAGCCCAGAGAGCAGAGCCUACGUGGAGCUGUCUGACCAGGGGCACCGGAUGUGCCUGGCUUUGGAGGCUGCAGUUGGCGCGGAGGAGCAGCGCAGCGGCAAGUCCACACCCUUCUUCCCUAUCGUCGUCGGCAGGAGGCCCAUCCAUCCUGACGUCCCGAGCUCCACAAGCCAGACGACCCAGACCAAGCAGCCCCCCCACAGCCCUGCUGAGGAGCCCGCCCACCAACCUCACAUCACCCCCUCGAUGAUGUCCUACAGUGGUUCAGACUUCACCUCCGCCAGCCUGGCGAAGAGUCGGUCUCUACCAUCAGCUAACGCAGGGAAUGUCCUGAAGUCUGUGUUUGUGCCCAAUGUUGGCUGGGCCUCGCAGCUAACUAGCGGGGAGGUCUGGGUGCAGUUCAACGAUGGCUCCCAACUUACGGUUCAGGCAGGGGUCUCCUCCAUCAGCUACACCUCCCCUGAGGGACACACCACCAGAUACAAAGAGAACGAGAAGCUUCCGGAACAUGUCAAAGAAAAGCUGCACUGCUUGUCUUCCAUCCUGGGACUCCUGGCCUGCCCAGCAGGGCGGCGCUAAAAAGCUUUCUGCCUGUAAAUAUUUUUAAUUGUACAGUUUAUUAAUAUAAUGUAAAGGAAUUUAUAUUUUUAAUGUUUUUGUACUGUAAUGUUUUUUUACACUGUCAUACUUCUAUACCAUAGCUUCGAUCCGUUGUAAAUGCAUAGAUAAAAUGAACUUAAGCAAUAAACAUCUAGAAGCUGUGUGU